UGCUCUCGCUCGAGUGCGCGCACACUCUGUUUCAUUAUCUGCAAUGUCGCUCCUCGCUGAUCUUAUCAACCUCAACCUCUCAGAUUUCACAGAGAAGAUCAUUGCCGAGUAUAUAUGGAUUGGAGGAACUGGUAUGGAUUUGAGGAGCAAAGCAAAGACUCUUCCAGGUCCAGUGACUGAUCCCAGCCAGCUGCCCAAAUGGAAUUACGAUGGCUCGAGCACUGAUCAAGCUAUUGGGGAAGACAGUGAAGUGAUUCUGUGCCCUCAGGCUAUCUAUAAAGAUCCUUUCAGGAAGGGGCAAAACAUUCUUGUCAUGUGUGAUUGUUACACCCCAACAGGAGAGCCGAUCCCCUCUAACAAAAGAUAUAAUGCGGCAAAAAUUUUUAGCCAUCCUGAUGUAGUUGCUGAAGAACCUUGGUAUGGGAUUGAGCAGGAGUACACCCUCCUUCAAAACGAUAUCAGGUGGCCCCUUGGCUGGCCGGUUGGUGGUUUUCCUGGUCCCCAGGGUCCAUACUACUGCUCAGUAGGUGCUGACAAAUCAUUUGGUCGUGAUAUUGUUGAUUCCCAUUACAAAGCUUGCCUAUAUGCUGGGAUCAAUAUCAGUGGCAUCAAUGGAGAGGUGAUGCCCGGUCAGUGGGAAUUUCAAGUUGGCCCAGCCGUUGGCAUUACUGUUGCUGAUCAAUUGUGGAUUGCUCGCUAUAUUCUUGAGAGGAUUACUGAAAUUGCUGGUGUGGUUCUUUCAUUGGACCCAAAGCCUAUCCAGGGGGAUUGGAAUGGUGCUGGUGCACACACUAACUAUAGCACUAAAUCCAUGAGAGGAAAUGGAGGGUAUGAGAUCAUAAAGAGAGCUAUUGAGAAACUAAGCCUAAGGCACAAGGAGCACAUUUCUUGCUAUGGUGAAGGCAAUGAGAGUCGCCUCAGUGGAAGGCAUGAAACAGCUGAUAUCAAUAAUUUCUCUUGGGGUGUUGCAGAUCGUGGAGUUUCAAUUCGUGUUGGUCGGGAAACUAAGAAGGAUGGAAAAGGUUACUUUGAGGAUAGGAGGCCUGCUUCGAAUAUGGAUCCCUAUAUUGUGACAUCCAUGAUUGCUGAAACCACUCUUCUCUGGAAGCCAUCAUAAGAAGAAUUGAUCUCCAUGAUUAAAUUUUUGUGGUUCGCAUCCAACUGAUUGAAUUAUAUGUUGUACUUGUUUAGUUUUAAGUCAUCUUAAUUUACUUUUCCUUUUGAUGAGUUUAGUUUUUUUUCUUUUUCUUUUGUGCUGCUGGAGGCAAGUGGAGUUGUUUUAGGUCAUCUUGGUUUAUAUCUCAUUGUCAAUUUGGUUUUUUCCUUCAUCCUAUUGGA